AUGUCAAAAUUAUUAGCUGAAGUUAUUCAUUAUUAUUUAAAUGAAUAUUUAGUAAAUCAAAUUAAUGAUACUAACAAUCCCGAAGAUCAAAUUACUCGUAAACAAAUUGAAACUAUUGAAUCAUACUUUAAAGAAGCUAUAGAAAAACAAGAUUAUUUAACAUAUUUUAUCAAAGCUUAUACAUUAACAAAUUUUUUUUAUAAAGUAUUAAAUAGAAACUUAGCUUUAUAUAUAUUAGAAUAUUUUGAUGAAACAAAAACUUUUUCAUCAAAUUAUCGUCUUGUAAAUUGUCUUGUUCAUAUUGUAACACUUUUAAUUUAUAAUCCAAAUUUACCUCAAUAUCAAUAUCAAGGUAUAUGUUAUCGUGGUAUGAGAAUAACACAAAAUGAUUUUAACCAAUAUCAAUUAAAUCAACAUGUAUUAAAUCGUACAUUUUUAUCAACAUCUACUGAUCGUCAAGUAGCGGCGAUGUUUGCUGGUGAAGGUCAACAAUCACAAAUGAGAUAUACACCUAACAAUCAUUGUGCAUUACAAUAUUCAUGUUUAUGUCAAUAUUUAAUAAAACAAAAUUCAACAGCUAUGGAUAUACAAAGUAUAUCAACAAGACCAGAUGAAAAAGAAAUUUUAAUUAUUCCAUUUUCCGUUUUUAAAGUAAUGAAAAUUAAACGAAAUUAUCUUGAUGAUUCAACAGCAUCGAUUUCCAUUGAAAUUGAAUUAGAAGAAUGUGAAGAUGUAAUUGAUGAUAAAAAAGAAUCAGAAAGUAAACCAACAUCGAGAUCAUCAUCAUUGUCAUCAUCUGAUAAUGAUAUCAAAGAAAUCAAUAAUUACGUAAAAUUUAAACAGCGAAAAUAUCUUUUAUAUGGAAUUGUUGGAAUUUUGACAUUAGUUGCUCUUUUGGCGUUAACUUUUAUAUUCAUUUUUACUUUUGUUGUUAAAAAAAGUUCCCCGAAAAAUACUAUAAACAAUACAACGACGGCAUCAGAAACGAAUGAUAUUUUCGACUACUACUUACCACCAAGUUGUCCCAAUAUAUUAAAUCAAUCUAAUUGGAAUUCGCGUCCAUAUUUAUUUCGCGAGAAUCUAACAACAUUCCCAGUAACACAUAUUGUUAUAAGACAAUUGGGAGAUUCGGAACCAAUUCUAAAUCAACAAGAUUGUAUUAGAAAUAUAAAAGAUCUUCAAGACUUUCAAAUGGAUAAACUAGGUUGGGCUGAUAUUGGUUUUAACUUUCUCAUAUGUAAUUAUAAUGAUGAUCAACAACAAAUUUAUAGAGGGAGAGGAUGGAUAAACCGGGGUGCACAUUGUCGUGGUCAUAAUUACAACUCUUUGGUAACACAUAUUGUUAUAAGACAAUUGGGAGAUUCAGAACCAAUUCUAAAUCAACAAGAUUGUAUUAGAAAUAUAAAAGAUCUUCAAGAUUUUCAAAUGGAUACACUAGGUUGGGCUGAUAUUGGUUUUAAUUUUCUCAUAUGUAAUUAUAAUGAUGAUCAACAACAAAUUUAUAGAGGGAGAGGAUGGAUAAACCGGGGUGCACAUUGUCGUGAUUAUAAUUACAACUCUUUGGGUAUUGGUAAUAUCGGCAAUUAUGCUACUAGAAAAUCUUUAAGCACGUUUAAAUCAUUAAUUAAAUGUGGUAUUACAAAGAAUGCUAUUGUACAAAAUUUUAUAUUGGUUGGACAUGACUCAUCAACAGAUAUUUACGAAUAUUAUUUGCAAUACUUCAGCAAUGAUUCUGAAUUUCAAUACAACAAUCAAGCUGACAGUAUUCAGUAUUUUUGUCAAGAAUCUUAG